AUGUCGUCGGCGAGCUCUCCUCUCACUACAAAAAGAUCGGCUCGGCGGUGUCUUUUCGGUCGUGCUGAUCCAGCCCUCACCCAGCAGUGGAUAAAUGAGAGACUCGAGGAGAUUCGCAAGAAGGAGGAGGCGAAAUGGGGUUUCAACUUCUCUUACGAGAUUCCUCUGCCAGGAACUUCUGAGUAUACAUUUACUGCUAUCACUGAAGAUUCCGUGCCUCAGUUUUACAGAACAAAAGUGAUAUCAACCGGUGACAAUUCUCCCACGAAAGAAAAUCGAACAGAUUUGUCGACGUCAGAUGACUCAGAUUCGUCUAUUAUGGACAUCUCUGUGAGUCCUAUCACGCCUGCUAAACGCGAACAUGCGACACCGAAGAAGCGUUUCGGGAAAGUCACGGACUAUAUGGCUGUGCGCAAGAAGCGUCUGCAACAUUCUCCAAAGCGACUGGACAUAGUGUUGCCCGACGGCGGACGUUUAGCAGCACGUGUCUAA